AUGUUCUCGAGGAACAUUGCACCUACCUUAGCCGCAUAUAAUACCAUAAUCAAUGGCCUAUGCAAGGCUGGUGACAUAGGUGAUGCCCUUAGAUUGUUUAGGAAGCUUGAUGGGCUCAGUUGCCGUCCAGAAUUAAUCAGAUACAACAUACUAAUUGAUGGACUGUGCAAGUGUGGCAAGACACAUGAAGCGAGAAGGGUCCUCAAGGAGCUUGGGAAGAUGGGUUAUACCCCAAAUGGCAUAACUUAUAGGACUGUCAUAACCUGCUGUUUUCGAUCAGGUAAAGCCAAUCUUGGCUUUGAGCUCUUUUCUGAAAUGAAGCAUAAGGGCUACAAUAUCGAUGGUGAUGCCUUUGCAUAUUGUACAAUGAUUGGUGAUAUUUCCAAGUUGGGUAUGAUUGAAGGGGCUUAUGCUUGCACAGACCGGAUGCUUGGCUGUGGGGCCCCUAUUGAUAUUGUUUCUUACAACACCAUGAUGAAUAGCUAUUGUAAAGAAGGGGACCUCAGCUUUUCGGCUUUUGAAUGGGAAAAAGAGGAUGGGGGUGAUGAAUAUACCCAUACAAUACUGAUUGAUAGGUUGUGUAGGAUAGGUGAUGUGGAUGCCACGAUAAGGCAUUUUAGAUAA